CUUGUUCAUUUUUCUGAGCAGGAUUGAGAAGAUACAGUGAGGGCAAUGGCCAAUGAACCUCCAUUUUUCGAGAAAUACAAGGCAAUCUUCCAGAGGUCUGCUGAUGAAAAGGAGAAAUCCAUCAUUGUUGAUGCCAUCGAAGAACUCGAACUCCCCCUGAUCGAUCUCGGUCAUUUGAAUCUCGGACCACUCGAGAGGCAAGAAUGCAUCGAAAAGAUGGCUCGAGCCGCUACGGAAUGGGGUUUCUUUCAAAUUGUGAAUCAUGGGAUUCCCGAGGAGCUCCUAACCAGGUUGAAGCAGGAACAAAUAAAGGUGUUUCAGCUGCCUUUUGAGAAGAAAUCUGAGGACAAGUUUUUGAAUUUAUCAGUUCAAGGCUAUCGUUGGGGGAACCCUCUUGCCACUAGCUUGAGGAACCUUUCUUGUUCAGAAGUUUUGCAUAUAUCUCUCAAUGAUAUUUCAAAAAUGGAUGAAUACAAUAAGCUCAGGUCAACCAUUGAAGAGUAUGCAGAAAAAGCUAAUGUUUUGGCACAAACAUUGGCUGAACAUCUAGCAGAAAGCUUGGGUAUCAAAGCGAGUUAUUUCCGAGAGAACUGCUCGCCGACCUCGAGCUCUCUUCGAUUGAACCGAUACCCUCCGUGUCCAUAUUCUUCCAUGAUGUUCGGAAUCAUCCCUCACACGGAUACUGAUUUCCUAACCAUUGUGUCGCAAGACCAAGUAGGGGGGUUGCAGUUGAAUAGAGAUGGAAGAUGGGUUAGUGUUAAACCAAAUCCUGAAACCCUAGUUGUCAACAUCGGUGACUUUUAUCAGGCAUUGAGCAAUGGGACAUACAAGAGCAUAACACACCGAGUGAUUGCCAACCAAGAGUGUGAAAGGUACUCAGCAGCAUACUUCUACUGCCCCACAUACGAAACAGUGAUAGAAAGCUGCAGCAAGCCAAGUUUGUACAGGAAAUUUAGCUUCAAAGAGUAUAGAGAGCAAAUCCAGAAGGAUCUAAAAGCUACUGGGGACAAAGUAGGGCUUUCUCGGUUUCUUUUGUGAAUUGGAAACUUCAAAUAAAAUAAAAUAAAAAAUUAGAAAUUCGUUAUUAUUAUUGUUCAUGAGCUUGCUUUUGUAAGUUGCUGCCAUGACAGCUUAGCGAUGCCAUGACAGUGAUGAGUCUUAUA